CUCGAGGCCCAAGCGGAGAAGGGGAUUGGGGCGACGGGAGGGGUGGGUUUGUGGAGGAAGAUGGCGGCCACCCGGAGCUUAUUCCUAACGGCAGCGGCGGUGAGAGCGGUCACCCCCUGGUGGGGGAGCAGGUUUCUUGCGGCUUCUGCUCGACCUCAGUUGCAUCGGGAAGCGUCGUCCUCUAGCCCCGAGGCUUGCGAAGGGCAGGUUCACCUCACCGACAGCUGCGUCCAGAGGCUUCUGGAAAUCACCCAGGGGUCAGAAUUCCUCAGGCUGGAGGUGGAGGGAGGCGGAUGCUCCGGAUUCCAAUACAGAUUUUCACUGGAUACAGUUAUCAACCCGGACGACAGGAUAUUUGAACAGGGUGGGGCAAGAGUGGUGGUUGACUCUGAUAGCUUGGCCUUCGUGAAAGGGGCCCAGGUGGACUUCAGCCAAGAACUGAUCCGAAGCUCAUUUCAAGUGUUGAACAAUCCUCAAGCAGAGAAAGGCUGCUCCUGUGGGUCAUCCUUCUCUGUCAAACUUUGAUUGGAUGAUAGGUGUCCCAGAGAUUACUAUCGUUGGUACCAGUCUGAGGAACAUGGGAUGAGUAGAAUUUUAGUGGUUUCUUUCCAGUCAUGACCCUCCCUCAGUUUCAUUUCCCACAAUCCAGGAGUGUUGUGUUUUUUGCCACUGUUAUUUUCAGAAUGUGAAGGUUUUACUCUUGACUUAAUUUUUUCUGUACCAUUCUAAGGCCAAGGCUCUGGAUCCUGUUACCUAAGGUUUAAUAACUGAUUGAAACCCAGUGUAAUCUGUAAAGCCUCCAAGGUUCCAAAAUUUGAGUUACUUCUCUGGCCUUCAGAGCUGCAUAUACAUAUAUGUAUAGCUAUAUAUA